GCGGGACAGUGCCCGGAGCUCGAAGAGCCCUGAGGACCGGUGCCCAGCGGUGUCAGCCGCCCAACAGCCCUGGGCGGCCGCCCCAAGCCCUUGCACACGCCCAGCAAGCGCGGAACACCUGCUGCCUUUGCCGCGGGCGGGUCACAGCCGCUCAUCCCGCGCAGCUGCAGCGCGAACGCGCAGUCCAGCUCAGAGGUUCCGUGGGGCGGCGCGCAGCUUGCGCGGAUUUCCCGGCGGCUCCCCCGCUCCCCGCCCCGCCGCUCCCCGUUCCUCUUCCCGCGCUGCCACCUACUCUCCUGGUCGCGCUUCCGAGCGGUCCCGCGGAGCAGCGCGGAGCUCCCGCGCUAUGGCAGGGCGGGCGGGCGUGCUGUGGCUGUGCGCGGCGGCGGGGCUGUGCGCGGCGGCGGAGCUGCGGCUCACCCUGCUGCACACCAACGACGUGCAUGGGCGAGUGGAGGCGCAAGGCGCGGGGACGCGGAGCUGCGCGGGCGCGGAGGGGACGGCGGGCUGUUUCGGCGGCGUGGCACGGCGGGCGGCGCGGGUGGCGGCGGAACGGGCCGCGCACCGCAACGUGCUGCUGCUGGACGCCGGGGACCAGUACCAGGGCACGGUGUGGUUCUCCCGUUUCAAGGGCCAGGAGGCGGUGCACUUCAUGAACCUGCUGCGCUACGAUGCCAUGGCUUUGGGGAACCAUGAGUUUGAUAAAGGUGUGAGCGGAUUAUUGGAUCCUCUUCUUCAAAAUGCUAAUUUUACAAUCCUGAGUGCAAACAUUAAGGGGAAAACCCCAUUGGGGAAUGAAAUGAUGAAAUACGUUCAUCCUUUUAAAAUAGUACAUUUUGACUCAGAAUCAAUAGGAAUUGUUGGCUACACUACAAAGGAAACUUCUUUUCUUUCACAGCCAGGAGAUGAUGUAAUCUUUGAAGAUGAAAUUGAAGCAUUGCAAGUACAAGUGAAUAAACUUACUGCUAUGGGAGUGAACAAAAUAAUUGCACUAGGACAUUCUGGUUUUACUGUGGACAAAAAUAUUGCCCGAAAAGUGAAAGGAGUGGAUGUUGUAAUUGGAGGACAUACAAACACAUUCCUCUAUACAGGCACCCCACCCUCUACCGAACGGCCAGCUGGCCCGUAUCCAUUCAUGGUUGACUCAGAUGAUGGGAGGAAGGUGCCAGUUGUACAAGCUUACGCUUAUGGAAAGUAUCUUGGCUACUUGAAUGUUACAUUUGACAAGAAAGGAAAUGUAGUUGAAGCAGUUGGAAACCCAAUUCUGCUUGACAGCAGCGUUCCUGAAGAUAAGCACGUUAAAGAAGAAGUGGAAAAAUGGAGGAAAAACCUGGGGAAUUAUUCUAAAGAGAUUGGAAAAACUAGUGUUUACCUGAAUGGUACAAGCCAAGCUUGCCGUUUCCAAGAAUGUAACAUGGGAAAUUUGCUUUGUGAUGCCGUGCUUUAUGAGAAUGUCGAACGUCCAGAUAAAACGUCAUGGAACCAUGUUUCAAUGUGCAUCCUGAAUGGAGGUGGGAUACGGUCACCCAUUGAUGAACAGAGCAAUAAUGGUAGCAUUACUGUGGAAGAUCUGCUGUCUGUUUUGCCAUUUGGAGGUCGUUUUGAUCUGGUAAGGGUAAAAGGCUCCACUCUGAAAGAAGCUUUUGAGCACAGCGUGCAAAGAUACGGACAAGGAACCGGUGAGCUGCUGCAGGUUGGAGGCAUCCACGUGGUCUAUGAUAUCUCCAGAGCCCCGGGAAGCCGAGUUGUGAGCUUAGAAGUGCUUUGCACAGCCUGCCGCGUCCCAGCCUACGUCCCACUCCAGAUGGAUGCAGUAUACAACGUGACACUUCCAUCCUAUAUGUUAUUUGGAGGAGAUGGCUAUCAUAUGCUGAAAGACAAAAAUCUGGGAUACAGUAAAGGUGAAGCCGAUACUGAGGUGGUUUCCCGUUACCUCCAGAGAAUGAAGAGAGUUUACCCAGCAGUUGAAGGUCGAAUCAAGUUUUCUUCUGGAAGCCUUAUCGAAGGAAGCCUUACACUGAUUUCUGUAUUGUUCACUGUAACAUUAUUGCAUACUUGAUUUUUGCUCACUAUCUUCUCAUUUAGAGGAAGACAGGAGGAGAGAUGGUGCUGUCAAAAGGAAAAGAGAACUGUUCUCUUUUCUUACACCUGAAGAUGAGUGUUUCGUUUCUGCAUGCCAACAGUAAGCAGCCCAACCAAUUGUCUUUUAUCUGGCAGAGUCAUUGAAGCACAGGGUGCAGAACUCGUAACUUCUCUUAGUUUGAAUCAGCAGGUACAAACUUGGAUAACCCACAAUUCAGUUUGAUAUUUCAAGAAGCAAAGUAUCUGUGAAAGCAAAGUAUCAGUGAACAGUAAUGCUCCAGCAUAUAAAAAAAAAAGACUGAAAUGGGAUAUUUUUUUAACUUGUCAAAUUCUUCUAGCUGAGUUGAUUAAUAACCUAAUUCCAGUAAUGUAAAUGAGCUUCUAAAAAUUGAUUUUAUUAUAGGAUAUAAUGGAUAAAUGGAUAUAUAUAAUGGAUAUAUCAUUACCUUUCUUUGAUCUCUGCUCAGGGUUAAAACUCUCAAUCUAAUAAUUCUACUUUGCUUCCAGUCAUAUUUAUCAUACAUACUCCAAUGGCUGGAAGAGCUGGAUUAAACUCAGUAUCAUUAAAAGCAUGAGGUCCAUGUACAUGCAACUAAAAAAAGUCUUUCUAUUUUACUUUUGAAGAUGCAGCAUCUCACUUAGGUUUUCUAUUAAUAAAGGAUGCAAUGAAAGCUUGAUUUGAUUUUGAUCAAUUCUAACAAAUUGAGAAUAUAUAAAUUUCACUGUUUAAUAUGACCAGUUUGGGGACUCUAUCUAGAGCAAGAACACAAUCUAAGACUAUAUUUAUGUGAAACAUAAUUUUACACCUUUUUCCUCAAGACCAGAGCACACGACUCCUGCCCAUUAUGCUGUAUCAGCGAUGUGUUACAUACAUAUGUUGGCUCCUGCAGCACCCUGGCACUCUCUGGAAGCUGCCCAGUAAACAGGGUUUUUUACAGCAUAACCUGGUGUUAUCAUGAUUGUGAUGAUAACUCAAAAGCCUGUCUCCUCUACGGGAAAGCUGUGUGUAAAAAAAUAUACAGCUAUAAGAGAGAGGCUAAUGAGUGCAAAUCAGAAAUUUGAUUAAAUGCUAAGUGUACAUUUCUGACACGUUUUCAGGAAGUGAUUGCUUAUAAAUGAGUACAAACAAUUACUAUCUUUCUAAGAUAGUUCACAUCUGGAGUUUUGCCCUAAACUUGUUGCCGUGUUGUUUAUUGCUUUAUUAAACUGAUGCUACAUGUUUUGAAUAAA